AUGUGCUUAUUCAAUCUCUUCUCAAAAGACAAAGACGAAAAGGACAAUCUACCGCCUCCACGGCCAACAAGUCUUGGGCGCAGAACACCAGAAGCUACAUCAAGACUCCAAGGGAGCAAAUUCGACGGCAGUCCCAGACCAUCAGGCGAUAAAGACAAGUACGGUUACGGAGUCGGCUACAGCUCUGGCAAUGGAUCGUUAGGCGUCGGUGGACCGCAUGGCGGCUUGUACGGUGGUGUCAACGGCGGUGUUUAUUUUGGCGUUAGUGGAGGACCAAAUGGAGGUGUUAACGGGGGAGUUUAUGGUGGUGUUUCGGGGACAACGCAUGGUGGCGGGUUGGCGCCGGCUGGAGGCACUCUUCCAUCCGACACUAUGGAUUGGGAAGAGUUCCACGACUGGCUUCUAUGUCUAAUGGGGGCAAUUACCGGUCCUUCAAAGGAGAGUGAGUGGACGCUGGAGGAUAUCUAUAUGAGCCAUGGCGACAGACUUAGAUACGUCGCCAUGUCUAACGAGGAGUCCACCCCCAACGACACAGAGAUUACCGAAAUGGAUGCUCCAGCUGAAAAGGUGCAGCAGCAUCAGGUUGCAUGCUUUAGCUGCCGUGCAUCGAGGCAGAAGUGCGAUCGCCAGGAUCCUUGCAAACCAGACAGCGUAGAGAAGCUGCUCGCUCGCAUUGAAGAAAGCGGUGCUCGCGAGGAAGUCCUCACAGCUCUUUUGGGACAAACCCUCCCCAGUCCAAAUACAACAGUGUCUAUAAGAGGAACGCCGUGGACACAUAGACAGGGUACUGAUUCAGCGCCUGACUAUGGCCACGAUACGAGUCAAUCGUCGCGUUCUGUCACUCAUCGGCGUUCUGUCAGUUAUGACGAGAGCGAUGAUGCAGAUGGUUUGGUGUCCCCCAUAACUAUGGUCACCGCUGCUAUCUCUAUGAGUUCCUCUGCAGCUUGUGACAGACUUAGAUCUCAGAUGCCGAUGCAGCCGGGUAUGCGUGAGGCCAUCAUGGCACCAAUAAAAGAAAGGCUCGCCCUGUAUUUUGCUUCACAUAGAGCACAGCAAAAAGAUUGGGAGGUUCUGGCAACUCAAGCUGUUGACUCCCCAUUCAAGUUAGAGAGAGACACUUGCGAUCCUCUUGCUUCAAGACUGAUCGAUGACAACGACGCUUCAUUAUACUUCCAACUAUUCUUCCAGAUUCGCCAUCCUCUGAUCGGCCUUCUCGACGCCACAUUACAUACCCGCGAGUAUGUCUACGGAUGCUCAUUCACUUUAUUCUCCGUCAUCUGCGCACUUGGAUGUGCUGUCUCAGCACGUCCUCGCGACCGAGCCAUAUAUCCAGUUCUAUCAUCAUUAGCCAGCGGAAAUAUCAGGUGGUGUAUCGCCGCCUCGGUGAAAUCCCUCUCAACUAUCCAAGCCAUUAUCGCCUACCAAUACUGGGCCCCUCUCUCUGCAAGGCAAGCAGAUGAUCCAUACUGGCUAACACUAAGCCAUGCUGUUCAGCUAGCCAAAGAGAUGGGAAUUAACAGAUCAGACGUUGUGAAAGAAUAUGUCAAUGCGGAAUUUCCGAAUGCUUCCCCAGAGCUGACCGACAGGUAUUCCAGAAACUAUGAAAGAGCGUGGCUGUACACCUUUAUCGUAGAUAAAGGCUUCGGGGCCCUCAAUGGUCGUUUGCAGUGUAUGAGCUGGAGGGCAGUACCUCGUACUGCAGUAGAUUGGUGGAAAUCACCUAUGGCAGAACCAACAGACCGUAUCAUCAGUGGAGUCAUCGAGAUUAGGGGGUUAUUGCUCCAGGCAAUGGAGAAACGUAGACAUAUAGUCUCGUCACCAGCUUCCAUCCUAGAGUGGCACAAAGAAGCUUACGAGCGCCUAACCCGCGUUCGCAACGAACGCUGUCAAUCCGAUGACCUACCAUCUUCGAAAUAUCUCCCUAUCCUAGCUUUCUAUAUGGAUCACAGUAUCCUGGUCUUUAAUGCUCAGGCAUUGCGAGAUUUGACCGCCUCUGAAGAUAGUGCUGCAGCAUCUGCACUUUUGAUUAUUCAGAGGAAGAGCAUUGAAGUUGCUGGUCGUAUCUUUGACCAUUUGGUAACAGACAAAACUAUAAACGACGUCUCAGUUGGCUUUCAGAAUAACCAGUUCAUUAUGAUCUGCCACGCUAUGACUGAGGUACUGCGGGCAGUAAAGAAAGGCGGCAUCACUACAGAAGAAACAGCCGCUGCUGCAGAAAAGGUCAUCAGUAUUAUUCCAUUCUUCGACCGCGUGGUACAACAUCUCCCAGCAUCAUCAUCUGCCCAUCUUUACUAUGAUCUUGCUCGUUUCUUUGCAUGCCAGAUCGACUCUUUGCUUGCGGCGCCUGAUCCACAAGCUUCGCGAGAAACGAUUGAUCAAGGAAUGUUUACGGAUGAGUGGUUCAAAUCUGUUGAUUCAGGCGUGCCGGAUGUUGCGACAUAUAUAGAUAUGGGUUCCAUCUUCGUUUUCGACCUAUCAGUGUCCUGCGAUGCCGGGGAUGCCGUAGUCCAGCCUCCCAAUCCACUCGAGUUCGCAAAGAACAUCGCCGCACUCAAAAUGGUCGCGAUCGGAAUUAGGUAUUACAAACUCCGCAAUGCCGGUAUCGCCUGCAUUAUCUGGCCACAGCUCAGAAAGGAGGGCAACCCUGGCGAAACAGUCUGGGACGGAAGGAAGAAGGACGAGUCCAAGUACAGAUUGCCUAUCAAUACAUCUGUUACAGUGGACCUUUCAUCGACAGGUAUAUCUACUGACACCAAGUUCUUCUUAUCUGAGAACACCCUGUUUGGUACAGACAUGUGGGACUCAAGCCAGUCGUUCUUCUAUGAUCCCAAUUCCAACGUCACUGCUUGUGCAACCAAGUGGGGAGGAGCCAACAAUGGAACUAAUUGGGCGGCAAAAACCAACCCAAAGGCGAUCCUGGCUGGCACGGGACUUAUGCUGGCUUUCCUCAUCGCCAGGAUAUGUGCCGUUCGCAAGGAGACGAUGACCCUACCCAAUGGUACUAUUGUGACUACCUGGGACCUUGGGCCAGCUCCGCGGAAUGGACAUGAAGUUGUUCUAGGAAAGGUCGUGAAGGACUGGAACGCGAUACUGCAUAAAGCGAAAGAAACUCAAACCAUCAACGGAGGAAUCACCGACAAGAAUCAUACGAAAUCGAAUCUCAAGAGGCUUAUCGCCCAGCCUUUUCCUUUUAAAUCGCUCCCCUCUUCUCCUGGUGCCGAGGCCAUUUCUUGCGCACCUCUCAAGCUAUCGAUCUUCCACUGUCUUACCCCAAGUGCGCUAAACGUCGACGGAGCAGCCAUAGCUAUUCAAAGACAACUCAACGCCGAGGCCAGAUUCUCAAAGCCUGUGACUUCGACGAGGACGGGUGAUAUGUUGACCCAAAAGACACCGGCUGACAAACCCCCGACCAGUGCAAAUGUCAGGAGCACGCCAAAUGACUUUGCGUUGAUCCAUAUCGCAAAUGUCAAGAUUCCGGUGAUGAAUGACAUGAUGAAGCCGAACAUGAAGAAUGCUGGAAUCAUCGAUGCUUGUGGCGAUGAGAGUCCAACAACAUUUGCGUAA